AUGACAUGGGAACGUGCAAGGGUCGAUGUUGGGGCGGUGGAUGAUGGCUGCGGAGGUGCCUGCGGUGCGCUGUGCUUCGAGGCAGAUGCAGAAGCUGGCCGAACGGAAGAGCGCUGGGCUUAUGUCGGUGCAGGUCAGGGAACUUAUCGGCAGACAUCCCAAAUGGACUUUGUCGGCCAUGGCCGUGGCGACUUCGAGAAGGAGAAGGUGAAAGUCGCCUCUGGUGGACAGUUCCGCUCCAUCUGUGCGGUGCUUCUCUGCUUCCUGCUCUUCUUAAUUCUCGGGCUUCUGCUCUACCUCUUCUGGCCCUUCAACUUCUAUCAGACGGGGGCUGACGAAAUGGACCCCUGCAUGAUGGGCACCGUGAAUACCAUGACGGUCAUUCAGAGGGAGGCCUGCUGCGCGCAGGGCAAUGCAGGCUUCUGCGCCACGACGACGAAAGCGCCCGUGAUCAUCCACGACAAGUACUACACCAACGUGAGGACGCAGCACGUCUCCCACGUGGUGCCCGUGCCAGUUCCUGGUCCCCCCGCCAAGGUCAUCACGCAGAAGGUGUACGUCAAGCAUCAUCCUUUCGAGUGCACGGAAGGUUACGGCAGCUGGAAGACACAGUGGUCCCAUGAGCAUCAGCGCUACUGCUGCUACAAGUUCAAGGAGUCCUGCGUGACGAAGGUUCAGUACCGGAACCACUACAAGACCAUCACGCACGUUCAUCACGUCACCGUGCCAGAGAAAGUCGUCGUGCCAGCGCCGCCACCUCGCGAAAUCAAUCACAUCGUCCAUGUUCCCGUCCAUGAUCCCAGCCCCGUCAUCAAGAUCAAGACUGCCGGGCCACCUCGCGUCGUGAAGCACUACGUCACGAAGAAGCACUAUGUGCCCGAGCCCGUUCCGUCGCCGCCGACGUACCACUACAAGCCUGUUGCAGUCCCUGUGCAUGUGCCAGGGAAGGUCGUCCACGUGCCAGUUCCCAUGCCGGCCAAGACCAUCUACAAGGAGAUUCCAAUCACAAAAGUUCAGCAUGUGAUUCAGAAGCGCUACUACGACUGCGUUGCUGGAAUCAAGAACUGGCAUUACGGGUGGUCCAAGACGAAGAAGAGCUGGUGCUGCUCCCACGAGCAGAAGGGCUGUCCUGGGACAUGGCAAGGGGAUGGCUUGACGAAGACGAUUGUGACAGGGGUGACCCAACACAUUGGCCAUGGCCACGUGGGCCAUGUGCACGUCAUCCACCAUGUGCAUCAUUACUCAACGAGCAGCCAUGACAUCGACGAGCUGCCAGACGUCAUCGGAGAUGACGAUGCCUCGCUGCCGCCCGAGUAUCGCCACGGUGACCUGAGCAUUGGUGGUGACGACGACUCACUGCCGCCCGAGUAUCGCCACGGUGACAUGAGCAUUGGUGGUGAUGACGACUCACUGCCGCCUGAGUAUCGUCACGGGGACAUGAAUGUCGAUGAGUGA